CCGAGAGUGACCGACCUCCGCUCAGUCACUCCGCAGUCGUUAGUUCGUGUUUAUUUCGGAAUACGCUUCAUAGUAAUUCGGUUGGGUGUGUCGCUGAAAUUAUAUAAAAUAAAUAUUCACCAUGAGCGGCCAACAAUACUACCCGUACAAGUGCACCCCCACGGUGUACCCCGCGGAGCCCUUCGACCCCGCGGCAGAUGCGGAGACACUCAGGAAGGCGAUGAAGGGCUUCGGCACCGAUGAGAAAGCCAUCAUCGACGUCCUUUGCCGCCGCGGUAUCGUACAACGUUUGGAGAUCGCGGAAACAUUCAAGACAAACUAUGGAAAGGACCUUAUCAGUGAGCUGAAAAGUGAACUGACUGGCAACUUGGAGAAUGUUAUCGUUGCGUUGAUGACUCCUCUGCCCCACUUCUACGCCAAGGAGUUGCACGACGCUGUUUCCGGACUUGGUACUGACGAGGAAGCCAUUAUCGAGAUCCUCUGUACUUUGUCCAACUACGGCAUCCGUACAAUUUCAGCUUUCUACGAACAAUUGUACGGCAAAAGCUUAGAAUCUGACUUGAAGGGCGACACAUCUGGUCACUUCAAGCGUCUCUGCGUUUCACUGUGCAUGGCCAACCGCGACGAGAACCAGGGUGUGGACGAGGCGGGGGCAAAGAGCGACGCUGAAGCGCUCGCCAACGCAGGGGAAGGACAAUGGGGGACUGAUGAGUCCGUCUUCAAUUCCAUUCUUAUCACACGCUCUUAUCAACAACUGAGACAGAUCUUCGCAGAAUACGAAGCAUUGGCCGGCAAAGAUAUUGAAGAGACAAUCAAGAAAGAAUUCUCUGGAAGCAUCGAGAAGGGCAUGCUGGCUAUUGUCAAAUGCGUGAAAAGCAAAGUGGGUUUCUUCGCUGAGCGUCUUUACUAUUCGAUGAAGGGACUUGGCACCAAUGACAAGACUCUGAUCAGAAUUGUCGUGAGCCGUUCUGAAAUCGAUUUGGGAGACAUCAAACAAGCAUUCCUCGAUAAAUACGGAAAGCCUUUGGAGACCUGGAUUGCUGACGAUACUUCCGGGGAUUACAGGAAGGCUUUGUUGACCCUUGUUGAAUAAUUCGAAGUCAGGAUAACAGCGUUCUCUACGAGGAGAUCGAUGGUCCAAUUGGAGUUCUCCUAUCCACACUGUGUUACUAAGACAUCGAGAUUUUAUUAACAGUAUUUAAUCGAAUAUUUACUGGUUUGAAAUAACCUUUAUACCUUUUGGUAUUUAUUGCAUUUCGAAUAUAUUUUUUUAUAAUUUAUUAAGAGUAUUUAAAUUGUUUAAUCUCCUGCUUUUUAUAUGCACGUUUUAUUGAACUGUAAUGGGCCAGUUUCUGAAUAGUCUAUUUUACCUAAUGUUAUAGCAUUGGUUUGAUAUUUGUUUACAGGAAGACCUAAACGGUGACUUCAGGAAUGUGCUAGUCACACUUUGUGCUUAAUCCUGCAAAAUAGAUAUAUAUAUUUUUGUAGCAAUAUUAUAAAACUUUAUUUUUAGCUUUUGCAUGAUUCGAGUUUUCUGAAUGUUACAAAAUCGAUGUAAUAUUUUGCAGGAUGAUACGAAAGGGGACUACAAACGCGUCUUACUUACACUCGUUUCCUAAGAAAAAAAAGCAUAAUAAAGACUACAGUUUUAUUUAAGAGUUGCCUUGCACUCUCUGAGCUAUGUUCCGAUGUGAAACUGCCUUUAUAUUCUGUGUAACUGUUGAAAUGGUGUUAGAAUUAAAAAGCUUGAUAUUUUGUGAAAAUGAGAUAUAUUUAUUGGUGCUGUAGUUUUGUUUAUGAUAUUUACAAUUGAUUAAUAAAACUAUGUAUGUUCAAAAA